CAACGAGGAAAAAAAUAGUAAAGAAACGGGAGCGAGCACAUCCAUCUCUCCUCCUCCCCAUUUCUUAUCUAUCCUGAUCCAAAUCCUCCUCUCUUCUUAUAUCCUCCUCCAGGAAAAUAAUUCCCCACCGCAUCUCGUCCUGCUCCUCCGCCGCCGCGUCGUCGCCAUGGCCACCGAGGAUGCCCCCAAGCCGUCCCCGCUCCCGCCCUACCCUGAGAUGAUACUGGCGGCGAUCGAGGCGCUGAACGACAAGAACGGGUCGAACAAGUCGGCGAUCUCCAAGUUCAUCGAGGGCAAGCACGGCGACCUGCCGCCGGCUCACGCGUCGCUGCUGACCGCGCACCUGGCGCGCAUGAAGGAGACCGGCGAGCUCAUCUUCCUGAAGAACAACUAUUUCCGCGCCGAUGCCCCCGACGCGCCGCCCAAGCGCGGCCGCGGCCGCCCGCCCAAGCCCCGGGACCCCAACGCGCCGCCGCCGCCGCCCAAGCCGUCCUCCCCGCGGCCCCGCGGCCGCCCGCCCAAGUCCAAGUCCGUGGACCCUCUCGAGGCCGCCGUCGCCCAGGCCACCGCCGGCAUGCCCAAGGCCCGCGGCCGCCCGCCCAAGAAGGCCAAGGCCAGCCCCGCCCCCGCCCCCGCCGGCGACGGCACCGCCCCCGUCAAGCGCGGCCGCGGCAGGCCCCCCAAGGUACGCCCCGCCGUGCCCAGCGAGACGGCGGCGGCUUGACGGUGCCCCGUCCGUCCAUCGUGAGGGGUUAGGCGUAGCAACGAUUCGUUUCGAUCUGGUCCAUGGUGUGCUCCGCUUCACCGGGUGCUGUUAAAAUUAAUCGCUUAGGCCUCCCUUCGGUUCCUUCCUCUAAUUGUUGCCGCCACCGCUGUUAAUCUAGUCGUCGCUUAAUGAAUUCGUGGAGUGAUUAGGAGGAUUUGAUGUGCCGUGUUGUUCACUGUAUCGUGCUGUUGUAUUGCUGCUGCUGGUGUUGUAAGCCAAGCUAGGGAGCUGCUGCUGAGUUAAUUAAUUAAGCUAAUUGGAUGUGUACAAUUAAUUAGUGGAUGGUGAUGGUGAUUUAAGGGCUUGCAAGUGCCCCCUAGUUUGACUCCA